AUGGCUCUUCCUAAACGUAUAAUCAAGGAAAUCGACACUUUGACGAGAGACCCUCCACCAGGAAUAGAGGCAUCUCCUAUGGAGGAUAAUCUUCGCUACUUCCAAAUUACAAUUGAAGGACCUUUUCAAUCCGCUUAUGAGGGUGGAAAGUUUCAUUUGGAGUUGUUUUUACCAGAAGAAUACCCCAUGAUGCCCCCUAGCGUUCGUUUCUUGACUAAAAUUUAUCACCCUAAUGUUGAUAAACUUGGUAGAAUCUGCCUUUCCACGCUGAAAAAGGAUUGGAGUCCUGCUCUGCAAAUUCGUACAGUUUUAUUGUCUAUUCAAGCCCUAAUGGGAGCACCAAAUCCAGACGACCCUCUGGAUAAUGAUGUUGCUAAAAUCUGGAAGGACAAUGAGCAACAAGCCAUAAUGAAUGCUCGUGAAUGGACACAAAAGUAUGCUUUGUAA